AUGCCAAUGGCCUUCUUUGACAUGCUUAAUGAGCGGGCAAAGUCGACGCUGCUCUGCAUUGGGUUGGAUCCCCGCGCAAAGACAGCAGCCGAAGCUGCAAAGGAGUGCAUACGUCUGAUUGACGCUACAGCGGAAUACGCCGCCGCAUACAAGCCAAACGCCGCCUUUUUUGAAUUUUUUGGUGAGGAGGGUUGGAAAGCACUGCAACAGGUGAUUGCUCACGUUCCUGCCAACAUUCCCGUUGUUCUGGAUGCUAAGCGUGGCGACAUUGCCGAUACUGCAGAGGCUUACGCCAAGUCUGCCUUUGAGCAUCUCAAAGCUCAUGCAAUUACGACGUCCCCGUACAUGGGUGGCGACUCCCUCUCGCCGUUCCUGCAGUACGCAUCGAAGGGUGUGUUUGUCCUCUGCAAGACCUCCAAUAAGGGCUCCAAUGAAAUUCAGUGCCUCCGCGUGAACGGCCGCCACCUGUACGAGUCGGUCGCAGAGCACGCAGAGACAGUGUGGAACUACAACAAGAACGUUGGUCUUGUUGUGGGCGCCACGGAUCCGAUUGCUCUCAGCCGCGUGCGAGUGCGUGCCCCGACGCUGUGGUUUCUUGUUCCUGGCAUUGGUGCUCAGGGCGGUGAUCUCAAGGAAGCUCUGAACGCUGGCCUCCGUGCCGAUGGCAGCGGUUUGUUGAUCAACGUCUCACGUGCUGUGGCACGUGCGAAGGAUCCCCGCGCGGCGGCCAAGAAGUUUUGUGAAGACAUCAAUCUUGUUCGCUUUGGCAAGGCUUGCUCCACUGAUCUGGCUGCGGCGCUUGUGGCUUCCCGUUGUGUUCGUUUUGGCAACUUUACAUUGAAGUCUGGCAAGAAUUCACCGAUAUAUUUGGAUCUUCGUCGUCUGGUGACGCACCCCUCUAUUCUACGCCUGGUUGCACGCGAGUACGCCAACGUGCUGCGAACGCUGCAGUUUGACCGUCUCGUUGGCCUGCCUUACGCGGCGCUCCCCAUCGCCACCGCCAUCUCCCUUGAGAUGAACAUCCCGCUUGUGUACCCACGCCGCGAGGCGAAGUCGUAUGGCACGAAGGCCGCCAUUGAGGGCGAUUACAAGAAGGGCGACCGCGUGGUGGUCAUCGACGACAUCGUCACGACCGGGGGGACGAAGUUGGAGGCGAUUGAAAAACUGAAGGCAGCUGGCCUGGAGAUUGUGUCGAUUGUCGUCCUCAUUGAUCGUGAGAUGGGGGCGAAGCAGCUUCUCGGUAGCCUCGGGUACGAGCUUGAGGCGGUCGUCACUCUCUCGCAGUUGCUGCCACUGUGGCGACAGGCAGGGGCGAUCACGCAGCAGCAGAUGAAGGACGUCCAGUCUUUUAUGGCGGAGGCCAGCAGUAAACUCUGA